AUGCUUCAAACCCAGCAUCUUUAUUCCCACCAGCAACAAUACGGCCAACAUGAACAAUCCGCCUGGCAGCAUAACGCGCCGCAGCAAAAUCAUCAAGGCUUGAGUCAUGGACAACAACAGGCUCAAGCUCAGGCCGCGGCGGUGGCUGCAGCGGCCGCUCAACAACAGCACUACAAUCGUCUUGCCAUCAGCCAAAAUCAUAGCUCGUCUCACGCGCAGCAGAACAACAACCGACAGUCCUCGGCCGAUAACGGCCCGAACGCGAUGGGUGCCUCUUUGACCACAAUGAACGAGCAAGGAUCUCCCGGCAUGGAACAACAGCUUUCAGAAGAGAAUCGCAAGGUUUUACAAUGGGUGGCCGAGUUGAUGGACCCAAAUAGAAGAGAAGGGGCAUUGAUGGAGUUGAGCAAGAAGAGGGAACAAGUUCCCGAGCUCGCGUUGGUGCUCUGGCACAGUUUUGGUGUCAUGACCAGCUUACUCCAGGAGAUUAUUUCAGUCUAUCCCCUCCUGAACCCGAGUCAACUCACCGCGGCUGCCAGUAACCGUGUAUGCAAUGCUUUGGCAUUACUUCAAUGUGUGGCAAGCCACAAUGAGACCCGGGGUCUCUUUCUCAGUGCUCAUAUUCCAUUGUUUCUCUAUCCUUUCCUGAACACCACGUCUAAAUCGAGGCCCUUUGAGUAUCUUCGUCUCACAUCGCUGGGAGUUAUCGGCGCUCUGGUCAAGAAUGAACCAUCAUCAAGUGUAUCCAUGAAUCCGAGCGGUACUCCAGGAGCACAUGGAAAUUCGAAUAACUCUUCUCCGACCAUCACGUUUCUCCUGACCACCGAAAUCAUCCCCCUGUGUCUCCGCAUCAUGGAAACAGGCAGCGAACUGUCCAAGACCGUUGCUAUUUUUAUUGUGCAGAAAAUUUUACUCGACGACACAGGCCUCGGCUAUAUCUGUGCCACGUAUGAACGUUUUUAUGCCGUCGGCACCGUAUUGAGCAAUAUGGUCAUCGGCUUGGUGGAGACCCAAACAGUCCGCCUUUUGAAACAUGUGGUUCGAUGCUUUUUGAGGCUGAGUGAUAAUAACCGAGCACGUCAAGCACUUCGACAGUGCCUUCCCGAGCCACUGCGAGAUGCGACCUUUUCCAAUGUCCUUCGGGAUGAUGCCGCAACCAAACGAUGUCUCGCCCAACUCCUCAUCAACUUGAGUGACACCGUCACCGAUACCCAAAAUGAUCAAUUUGAAUGA